AUGUCGUAUAUAAAAGCCUCUCUCAAAAGUGCACGGGAAGCAUUAGAGGCGAAAAAUUGGGAAUUUGCAGUAACUAACUGUGAAAAUGUGCUUAAAUUUGAAAAUGACAAUUAUAUGGCACACGUGUUUCUUGGUUUAGCAAAAUUAAAUUUAAACCGAAUUUCAGAAAGUGAACAGGCAUAUUUACGUGCUAUCGAGAUAAAUCGGUCAAAUCUGCUCGCCUGGCAGGGUCUUACAAAGUUUUAUGAAAGUCAAGAGAAAUGGUCGGAACUGGCUGAGACCUUGCAAGAAAUAUUGAACCUACAUAAAGCAAGAUGUAUUUACUAUGGAAAGAAAUUAACUAAUCGUCCCCUUUAUUUCAUUAAUUACCAGCUUGUAUCUAUUCUUGAAUUUUUGUUACCAGGAAGUCCAUAUUAUGAUUUUAUUAAGAAAUUGGUUGAUGUUCCGACACCUGUGCAGACGUUAUCGAGAAUAAUUGAAUUGUUGGAUAAGGAAGAAAAUGAAACUAUAAACAGGGAAAUUGAAACACGAAGAAAACGACUUGGUGCUGGUAGUCCGGCUGAGAUCAAAUCGAAAGUUUAUCAGGAAGUUUAUACUUCUUCUAAGCUGGAAGAAUUUUACGAUAAACUAUUUGAAUUAAUCGAUGAUUCGAAUGCUUCUCGUGUGGAUAUUACGAAAUUAUCGCAGAACUAUAUUGAACAUCUUCAAAAGAAAAUCGCUAUAAUCUCAUUGAAUGAUAAACACAGGAUACGGGAGAAACUUUACGAGAAGUCUCAACGGCUUAUCGAUCGCGGAUAUGAUUCUCCGAUGCCUUAUGAAAUAAUCAUUGAAAGCACAGAUGCGUCCUCCGCAGACGAGUAUGAUUCAACGUUAUUAAAACAAUAUUCUGAAAAUUUUCCUCAUUCCGGGUUAUCAAAGAUCAUUCAAGGUUAUUUCAAAUAUUUGCAAGGGAAGCCAGAUGAAGCAUUAGAUCUGUAUAAUGAAGGAUUUGAAAUGGCAGAAAAUAGUUUAUUUGGUCAUCUUACAUUAAGUUGGAUUUAUUAUGAAUCCAAAGAUUAUGAAUUAGCUUUGGAAACUGCAAAGAACGGACGUGAUGUGGUUCAAAAAUAUAACAAAGAAUUUGGAAGCACACUUUACAGGCUCAUACAAUCACUGCAAUUGUGUAUGGCAAAUUGUUAUUUAAAUAUUGAUGUCAAAUAUUAUACCGAUGCAUUGUCACUUUAUCAAAAACUUUUAAAAGCAGACAAGAAUAAUAUUCCGGCUCUACAAGGUGUUGGUAUGGUGUUAUCUGCGCAAAAACAAUAUGAUAAAGCUAUUGAAAUUUUCGAGAAAAUACAAAAAUUGGAUUCAUCUAAUCAUAUUUCUAUCAGUGAGAUUGGAUGGAUAGAAUUUUUACAAGAAAAUUAUGAAGAAGCAGCAAAAUUAACUUUGAAAGCAAUUGAAAUGAGUAAUGAAAAUGCACUUUACUUCUAUCGAUUAGGUCGAAUUUAUUGGGGCAUGGGUGAUGAGCAUCGUAACGAUAAAAACCGUGCCUAUGCACAGUUUGUUCGUUCGGCAAAACUCGACCCACGUUUUGCAAGUUCAUUUACUUACCUCGGACAUUAUUAUCGUCUCAUUGAGAAAGAUCACGUUCGUGCGAAGAAAUGUUAUCAAAAAUCAUUUUCUACUGAUCCACGCGAAGAGGAGGCGGGCUUUCAAUUAAGUGAAUAUUAUCAAUCUGAUAGAGAAUUUCAGAAUGCUGAAGAUCUAUAUCGGACAACAGUUCAAGUAAAUUAUAAGGCUGGAUGGGCUUGGAAAAGAUUAGGAUUUUCGGAAUUGGAAAAUGGGAAUUACUUGGAAGCGAUAACGGAUUUUCAAACCGCUUUAAGAACUGAUUCCAAGGAUAUACAUUGUUGGGAGGGCCUUGCAGAAUCCUAUCGAAGAGAAGGAAGAUAUACGGCUUCUAUGAAAGCUUUUUUGCGCGCAAUUGAAUUAGAUCCAUCUUCGGUGUUUGCAAAUUAUAAGGCUGCUACCGUGAAACAAAAAUUAGGCAUGUAUGCCGAGGCAAUUGACCAGUAUAAUUUAACUCUUGAAAAGGCUCAAAUUAAAGGUGAAGAAAAUCACAUGCUCUCAUUAAAAGGACUUGGUGAUUGUUACUUGGCUUUGACAAAAGAGUAUUUUCAAGGUGGAUAUUAUGGUAGAGCAGCUGAAUCAUUAGGUCAUGGCCUAUCGACAAUUUUGCGUGCAAUAAGAGUAAAUAAUAAAGUUCAAUGUCUUUGGAAAUUGGUUGGUGAUCUUUGUAUUGCAGCUCCGUCAUUGCCAAAUUAUCUUGGUUUAGUACCUAUCGAAAUAAUAGUAAACCUUGUUGAAAUAGCAAGAAAAGUAGAUUUAGAUUUCAAAUUACAUCUUCCCAAAGAUAUUGAUAAUCUUGGAAUCAGACUAAUAACGGAUACUGAUUUCAGCAAUUUGCGGGGUGCCGAUUUACUUAUAAUCCUGUUAACUUGCGGGUGCCUUGCUUAUAAAUAUGCUAUCCUUUUAAGUGGUAAUCGAUCCGACACCGCAUCUGCCCUGUGGUAUGACCUCGGAUUAAUUUAUUAUAACGUGUACCAAUGCAUAUCCGGUGAUGGAAAUGAAGUUGAUAUGUCAAAUUUAUUGAGCAUUGCAAUUCGUAGCGUUAAGAUUGCAUUAAAAUUUGAACCAACGAAUAGUAAUUUUUGGAACGCACUUGGGGUUAUGACUCUUAUUGAUGAUGCAAAAAUUAGUCAAAACGCCUUUAUUAAGGCAAUCAAUUAUUCUCCAAUGAAUGCAACCCCUUGGACGAAUUUAGGAAUCUUGUACUUGUUACAUUCUGAUUUAGAACUUGCGAAUCAAGCAUUUUCAAAAGCCCAUUCACUUGACCCUGAUUAUGUACCUGGGUGGGUUGGACAAGCUUAUGUUGCCAAUUUGUGGGGAAGCAGUAGUGAGGCCGUUGAAUUAUUUGAACAUUCUUAUGAGAUCAGUGGCGGAGGUUACGUUCUUGAAGCGGAUUAUGGUUUUGCCUCGCAAGCAUUUAUUCAAUAUAAAAAUUCGUCCAAGUUACACCGAUCCUCACUUAUAUCACCGACCUUUGCAUUGUUAAAACUUACUGAGCAAAGACCUGAUGACGCGGCGGCAAUGAAUCUUUUGGGAAUAUUCUAUGAAUGGCUUAAUCAGCCUGAUAAGGCGGCAGAAGCAUUUUCAAACGCGACAUUGGCACUUGAAAGAUUAAUUCAACGUGAACAACAACGGCAAGGCCUAGUUGACGAAGAUCAAGUAUCAAAUAUUCCUAGUUAUUUAAUAAACAAACUAGCUUACGUACAAGGGAAUCUUGGUCGAGUACUAUGUGCAAACCAUGAUUUUUCUGGUUCAAUAUCAGCAUAUAAUAGAACAUUAUCUUUGAUCGAGCAGGGUAAUUUGACAUCGGCGGCUACAUUUAAGAUUUAUACAAUAUUAGGAGUUGGCUUGUCUUAUUAUUUUAAUAAUCAAUUAGAAGAUUCCUUACAAAUGUUUGAGAUAGCUCUUAAUGAAACUGAUGAUGCUGAACAAACAGGCGGAGGGAUUGGUAUUAAUGAAGUACGAAAGGAUGUUGUGGUCCUAUUAUCACAAGUGCUUUGGGCUUUGGGAGGGGUUGAUCAUAAAAAGUUGGCAAAAGAGGAAUUAUUUAGAUGCAUUGCACAAAACCCGAAUCACCUUCCUGCUAUUUUUGGAUUAUGUGCGAUGGGCUUAUUACAAGAUGAUGAGACAUUGGCAUCUGCCACUUUAAAUGAAAUGAUAAAAUUACCUAUUAAAGUUAUUGAUAACUUGGAUAGAGAACGUGAUGUCGAUUUCUUAUUGAGCAGAUAUUUCUUAUUGCGGAAUUCGCCCGAAGAAGCCACAAAUACUCUCACGAAAUCAGUGCAUCUUAAGCCAUUCGAGUUGAUUGGAUGGUCACGGCUCGCUAAUCAUCUCACAUCAAUUGCAUCCCCAUUUACGUCGGUUUCAAUUGCCUCUACAGCAUUAGCGUUAAUAUCUAAUCCUCUAUCAAAUGCUUCCAAAAAUUUGGGCACUAUGACAAAAGCAAAAUUGUAUCAAACGUUCGUGACAGCGUUGUUGAUUACCAGACAACAUUUAUCGAAUGAGAUAUCAGACGAAGAAGAAAGUAUUAAAGUUGGGAAAGUUAAAUUAUGCGAGAAAUUAAGAUUAGAAGCUUUACGAGCUAUCCAAACAGCUAUUAAAAUUGCUCCAUGGGAUCUGGUUGGAUGGUCAUUACUUGGGGUAGCUUGUGGAAAGUAG